AUGAUCGUGUAUCAGGCGACCGUGUGGAUCGACAAUACGCCCUUCAAUCGCCAGUUCUUGUAUGACCUGUUCGGGGCAUUGCCUGGCGAGAUCCUCGACCUAUCCAAAUGCGACAGGCAGGCCGUGAUGCUCUGCACUCGCCACCACUACACCCUGCUGGUAUCCGGCUUCGUGAUCGCGGUGGUAUGGAUGGGGCUGUCACUGGUUCUGACGUCCUUCCGCAUCCCCCACAUCACAGCCCUGCUGUGGACCACAUACCCGGCCAUCGUGGUGUAUUAUGCCUUUGGCGUCUCCCCGCUUUGCUUCCCGAUGAUUCCGACCUGUCUACUGGAGGACCUUGUCAAUGUCCUCAAUUUCUUCUUCCCCGCCACCAUCCAGUUCCCCGACAGCCUGCAGGCAAGCCCGGGGUGCCUUUCCAACGCUCAUAAUUCCACGGAGAGGGCGGCCUGCAUCCUAUCCUGCUCCCAGCAGCCCUUUGAUUAUGUAUCGUGGGAGGCGGAAAUCUCCUGGUGGACCUGCCUCGUAUCCACGGGUCUCUGCAGGUCGGUCGAUAGCUUCGUCACCAGCCGCCCCGUCCUCAACAAGCUCACCUCCCUGCACAAGAACCUCGCAGUCAAGGCCGCGAUUGUGGAAGGCAACAACAUGGAUAUGAUCGUGGCGCAGUCGGCAUGCGCCACCCUGAACAUCUGGAGGAUCAUACCCCUCAUCAUGAUCCUCUUCCUCGUGUUCUACGCCUUCAGCGUCAUCGCUACCUUCCCCUUCUUCCUCUUCAAUGAGGUCAUCAGGCUGGCGAUCCAGAGCGUGAUCAUGACGCACACGGACUAG